AUGUGCAUCGCAAUCGUUACUACGGCUCACCCCGACUACCCCUUCAUCUUACUCAACAACCGCGAUGAAUAUCUGCAUCGCCCCACCGCUCCCGCGCAAUGGUGGCCCAGCCCGUGCGAGCACAUCCUCGGCGGCUUCGACCUGCAUCGCCCCGUGCACGGCACCUGGCUCGGAAUGACGCGCCAGGGCCGCAUAGCCUGUCUGACCAACUUCCGCGAGGAAGACCCCAACGCCAUCAUCCAGGGCGUUAACAGCCGCGGCGCCAUUGUGAACGCCUGGCUCAAGGCGCCCCCGGAGGACCGCGAGAGCUCCGAAGACUUCGCCGCGCGUCUGGUCGGCCAUGGCACCACCAAGGGCGUGGGCGGCUUCAGCUUGCUGUAUGGCUGGCUCGGCGACGCGGUCGAGCAUGAGACUGGCGAGAAGAGCUCGAUGCCCAAGGGCCUCGCCAUCGUUAGCAAUCGCACGCCGAACGUGCAGGGCCUACCGUGGGUCGCCAAUGAAAAAGGGAAGACGCACGCGCUGAGCAACUCGCACUAUGGCGACGCGAGUUGGCCCAAGGUCGUGUCAGCUGAGCGUUUAACCGCAGAGGCGGCCAUAGCGAGUGCUGCGGCGGGUGAGUCCAAGGAGGAGCUCAUGGAGAGAUUGUUCGCCAUCCUGAGUAUAGACACAAUGCCGCGUCAAAAACAUGGCGAGGAGUGGGACGUUUACCUGGGCCAGCUGCGGAAUAGCAUCCUCAUCCCGCCCAUUGGAGAUAGAGGGCUCGAGGGCAAAUCUGCCGAUGAAAUUGCGGCGGCGAGAGGGUCGCAGUCCGUGGACGCGACGAGUGGCGUAUACGGGACGCAGAAGCAGACGCUCAUCUUGGUGGAUAAAGAGGGGAAGACUACAUUUAUCGAGAGGUCGCUGUUUGACGAAUUUGGCCAGCCGGUGGAAAAGGGUAGCGGCGAUAGAAGGUUCGAUUUUACGAUCCAAGGGUGGAGUAGUUGA